AUGAAGUUUGCGGAACAUCUAAGUGCUCAUAUCACGCCAGAAUGGCGAAAGCAGUAUAUCAAUUAUGAGGAGAUGAAAGCAAUGCUUUAUACAGCAGUUGAAGAGGCUCCAUCAGCUGAAAAUGUUGAACCUGAAGUACUUUCAAGACAUUUUGCUAACUUUGAUGAAACUUUCUUCCAUUACUGUGAUCUAGAGCUGAAGAAAAUUAACACAUUCUAUUCAGAGAAAUUAGCAGAAGCCACUCGUAAAUAUGCGACACUACAAAGUGAAUUGAAGUCCAGGUUUGAUACAAUGAAGCCCAAAGCCAGUGGAGACAAAAAAGCAAUACCUCGAAGAAAAGUGCAAGAGUUAAAGCUGGCAUUUAGUGAAUUCUAUCUCAGUUUGAUAUUAUUGCAAAAUUAUCAGAACCUAAACUACACUGGAUUUAGAAAAAUAUUAAAAAAACAUGAUAAGUUAUUAAAUGUAAGUAACGGCGCACAAUGGCGGGCGGAACAUGUGGAAACUUCGCACUUUUACACCAACAAAGAUAUAGAUAGACUCAUCAGUGACACAGAAGCCACCGUCACCAAUGACUUAGAGGGUGGAGAUAGACAGAAAGCCAUGAAGAAGCUAAGAGUUCCACCACUUGGGGAACAGCAAAGUCCUUGGACGACGUUCAAAGUUGGACUGUUUUCAGGGUCAUUUAUUGUAUUAUCCAUAACUGUUGUUUUAUCUGCACUUUUCCACGAAGGGGGUACUGACAAUUUUAAGACCGCUUUUAGAUUGUAUCGCGGACCGUUCCUUUUAGUAGAAUUUAUAUUUUUUAUUGGAAUAAAUGUAUACGGUUGGCGAUCGUCUGGAGUGAAUCAUGUUUUGAUAUUCGAGUUGGACCCUAGAAAGCAUUUGUCUGAACAACAUUUGAUGGAGUUAGCCUCAAUUUUCGGCGUAGUUUGGGCACUGAGUAUACUAAGUUUUAUAUACAGUGCGAGUUUAAGUAUACCGCCGUUUGUGAACCCUUUAGCAUUAGUUAUAAUAAUGUUGGUGUUUCUUAUGAACCCCCUGAGAGUCUUCCGACAUGAAGCGCGCUUCUGGUUUUUGAAGAUAUGUGGUCGUAUACUAGCGGCCCCCUUUCUGCCAGUGCUAUUCGCGGACUUCUGGCUGGCGGACCAGUGGAAUUCCUUCACUUACGCCUUCCUAGACUUCCAUUACUUGAUCGCCUUCUAUGUGGCUGGUGCUGACUGGUUUGUUGUUAAUGGUGCAUUUGAAACAACAAAAUGGUUCAUAUUCACCCGAGCCGCAGUGAACGUAAUACCGGCGUGGACCAGAUUCUGGCAAUGUCUGCGACGGUAUAGAGACAGUAAAGAAGCCUUUCCGCAUUUAGUGAACGCGGGAAAGUAUUCUACAACGUUCUUUGUGGUGCUUUUCUCUACGAUGCGGACUAUUUAUAGUGUAGACUACGAGAACUCGUACGACAAUCCGUUCCUAUAUCCAUGGCUGGCGUGCCAGUUCGUCUCGUCCACCUACACGUACACGUGGGAUGUGAAGAUGGACUGGGGCCUCCUCAGCGUGGGGCCCUCGGCGGAGAACAGCUUCCUGAGGGACGAGAUUGUUUAUAGUCCCGGGUUCUACUACUUUGCCAUAAUAGAAGAUCUAGUUCUCCGAUUUAUUUGGGCGCCAUCUUUCUUCCUUACAGAAAAUAAGAUAGUCAGUGGCGAAACAAUGGUGUCUAUACUUGCACCGCUUGAAGUCUUUAGACGUUUCAUUUGGAACUUCUUCCGUCUAGAGAACGAGCAUUUGAACAACUGCGGUAAAUUCCGAGCCGUAAGAGAUAUUUCCGUGGCGCCAUUGGACUCUUCAGACCAGGCUUUGAUUAUUCGCAUGAUGGACUUGCCCGAUGGAGUUGUUAAUAGGGUAACGAAGAAGAAGCAUCAAAAAAAGACAAAGGAGAAUGACAAAAAGCCAUUAAUGAAGAAGGAGUCCAUACAAGACCUUCAAAUGGAACUCGACUUGUCCUCCAAAAUGUUA